GGUGCGCGCGCGACGCUCCAGUCGGCAAUCCGCCCGGGCGGGCGCCAUACGACCGGAAUCUGCGCGAGCGACACAUUCGCGAUUAAAUAAAAAUUUCAGUGAAAUAUAACGCGAACACAACACUAUUGUUAACACGCGCGCGCACGAUUCUGUGAACCAAUACGAGUAAAGUGAACGAGUCUCGAGUGCAGUGAGCGACAGACCCGCACAACGAGAGAGCGAUCAGGGGUAUCGAAGAUCCCUUAUAACGAAACGAUUCGAGACAGGCGUUGUACCUCUUGGACUUUGCCCCUCGAAAUAUAUCGCUCUGUGACUGUCAGGCACCAAGUUAUCCUGCACCGCUCUUAAAAAUCGUUAAAACGAAAUUUCUCGAACAAACCCCCCUUUGUGGCCACAGGAGGGGUUUUAUUUUUAAGGAGAAAAGAUCUCUAACGUGACGUCACGUCUCUUAAAUAUUUUUUUCUAUAAUCUUUAAAAAAGGUUAAACUAAUCCGCAUUUUUAAUCUGUAUAUUACAUACUAGUAAGUGUUUACAGAGUGUAAAUAAGUAUUGCAUAAAUUAUUAACCUUAAAAUUACGACAUUGUAACUAUAAUACUAGUCAUUCAUCUAGUGUAUUUAUUUAAAUUAAUCUAUUUAAAACAAAAAAAUAAUAAAAAAAUGCGUGGUUCUUAUUAAAAAAAUAUCUUAUCUGUAACUACCAAAGAGUGUAAACCGUCCAUUUCGCGCGUAAAUUUGAAAAUACGCGCCAAGAAUUGAGGCAAAGGAUUAGCGGCAUUCUGCCAGGAUUAAAAAUGCAGACACAAAUGGGUGUUGGCGGAGAGCUGCAGAGGAGCUACCGGGUGCAGGAUUUCGCCUCCCCGGGAGUUAUCAUGCGAGAGCGGAGUUUCGUACGGCCACAAUCGCAUCACAAUAUGCAUCAUAACCAGUUUCCGAAUAAUGGGAAACGGCGGAGCAUGAUCUUAACAAACGCAAAAGGAAAACCUACUCUGGAAAUCUAUAGACCACCAGGUGUACGCACAGACGCCGUGGCGGUGACCAGCGGCUCCACCACGGGCUCGACGGCCACCACGCCGACGACGCCCUCCAACAAGCUGAACGUGCACGCCAAGGAGUUCACCAUGGCCAAACCGUCUGAUCUGCAAAAUAGGUCGGCAGUAGGCCUGGGGUUCGCGAGCGUGGGGCUGCAGCACUCGCGCUCGGCGGUGCUGCACGCGCAGGUGCCGCCGCACUACCGGCCCGUGAUGCCGCCGCACGCGCUGCUCGCCAGCGCCUCGAGCGGGAACGUGCCUCACGCUACGGGCGGCCCGCGCGUCCACUUCAAGCUCCAACCGCAGCAGCUUAUAUCCGAGAAGAAGAAAUCGCCCCCCUCUAGCCUCUCGAACGGGAACGGCAAGAGCGUGCGCCCGCAGUCGUUCACGCCGGGGCUCAAGCGCUCCAAGUCGCUGACGUCAGCGGACGCGCUCGCGAGCGGCAUGGCGGCGCUCGGGCUGGCGGCCGACGCGGGCGACCUCGGCGCCUUCCCGCCAGAGAUACAGGAGUGUAUCGACAAGGCGCUGGAAGGUGAGCGAGACGACCCGAACGCGGUGUGCGCGCGCACGCUGAUGGACGCGGUGGGGCACCUGGUGGGGCGCGCGGUGGAGUCGCCGCGGUACGCGCUGCCGGCCGCGCGCCGCUGCAUCGCCGUCGUGGAGCGCGAGCACGGCGAGACGUUCCUCGAGUCGCUGCUCAACACGUGCCAGCAGUGGUACCACGACCGGGACAAGUUGUUGGGCGCGAUGGUGGGAGGCGGGCGGCCUCGUCUGAUGGCGUUCCUGUCGUUCCUGUUAGAGAUGUACUGCCAACUGCGCCGUCGUGCGAUACAGCGCCGCGGGGCCAGCGCUCAGCCGGGACAGGUUCUGCUCACGCUAAUUUGCAAGUGCUGCGAGGACUGCAUCCGACAACCUGUGCCGUCGCCCAGUGAUACGGAGAACCUCUUCUUCGUGCUGACCUACAUUGGUCGGGACCUGGAAACCCAGUUACCAGGUGACCUGGAGCGGCUGCUAACUGCUGUACGAGAUGCGUUUAUAAACACAGCAGCUGCACCGUCUAUCCGCCGCACGCUGCUGCAGCUGAUCGAGCUGCACGCGUCUCGCUGGCAGCUGCCCGGCUGUGCGGUACUGUACUACUAUCCGUCGUCUAAAUAACCAAUGUAUUAAAGCAGCCCCUAAAGUAGUUGAGCUGCAUGUGUCGCGUUGGAAGGUGAUACGCUGCGCGGUACUGUAUUGCUAUCCGUCGUCUUAAUAGUCACGUUUUAAAGCGGCAGUAGUUGAGCUGCUUGCCUCGCUGGUAGCUGCCGGGCUGCGCGGUACUGUUAGAACAGACGGAUAGUAGACUAUCCGUCGAAUAAAUAGCCCAUAGUUGAUGGCACAUAGCAAGCUAUCGUCGACGUUCUCUAGCGGCCUGUAUAACAAUAAACUGAUGAUGUUGAUGAUGGUAUUGCGCGCAUCGCGUUGGUAGCUAACGGGAAUCGCGAUGGUGUACUACUCCCUCUUCUUUAAAUAGUUGAUAUCUAGGGAUGUCGUGCUGGCAGCUGCAUGUUACACGCUGGCAGUAUUGUACAUCUGCCCCUCCUCUUAAUAGUUUUAGGAAGUAUUGCGAGGUAUACUAGGUGAGAUUGCCGGUGUAGGAUAUAAAAGCUUCUGUUUAAACCACCCCCCUUUAAGAAACUCAGCUGACUUCU